AUGUCCAAUUCCAAAGACUACAAAGACUUGCCGCUAGUUCCAGAGUCGUUACUUAAGCGUCGCCAUGAUCUCGAUGAUCUGCGACGCAAGAAUCAGGCAAAUGCUGAGAAAAAUGCAAAGAAGAAGAAGCGGGGAAUGUAUGUCAAGAAGCCAGAGACGGUCUUGGCACAAGCCAAGAACCGUCGCAAUGAGCAAAUGCGCUACCGCCGUGUAAAGAAGAAGGGAAUGAUGAAACGGGCCUCCAACAAACCAGUUUUCGAGAAGAAGGAAGUUCAAGGACCUGACGAUGAAGUCGAUGUCAUCUCGUAUCAAUCAAAUUCUGUCGGAGCUUCGUUUGUAUUUGCCAUUCGAAUUCGUGAGGACGUUGGCCCCAUCCCAAAGAAGAUCUACUUGACUCUAGCUCAAUUGGGAUUGAAAGAGAAUAACACUGGUGUAUUUGUAAAAUAUGAUGCUGCCUCGCGCAAGAGGCUCCAUCUUGUUGAACCUUGGGUGGUUUACGGAAACCCAUCUGAAGGUAUUGUGAAGGAUUUGCUAGAGCGCAAGUCUUUCGGAAAUGUUAAUGGAGAAAAGGUUCCACUAUCCGACAACACAAUCAUAGAGAAGGAGUUGGGUGAUGAGCAUGGGAUCAUCUGUAUGGAAGACUUGGUUCAUGAAUUGACCAACAGUGGAGAAAAUUUCGAUGUCGUCACGAAGUUCUUGUGGCCAUUUCCCUUGACAGCAACACGAUCAAAGUUCGAGAAGGAAAAGCUAAAACAAAAGCAAGGAAAGGAUUAUGGCGACAAGGGUGCUUUGAUUGAUGAAUACAUCAAGAAGAUGUUGUAG